GGCUCAGACGUCACAGGUCAAAGUUCACAAACUUGUGGCAAGUAGUCCUGAGCAGAGUGUUCUACGUUGUCCGAGCAGUACUCCGUACUCCAAGCAUUAUGGCAGAUCUGAAGGCAGUAAUUGAAGCACAGAACAAGAGGUUUAUGGACUUCUACAAGGCUAACGACAUGAAAGGUCUGGCUAGCCUGUACACAGAGGACUGCAAGCUCAUGCCGACAGGCAGUGACACCAUGCAUGGCCGAGACGGCCCAGAGAAGGCGUUUUCUGGCGCCUGGGCCGGCGGUGUGAAGGCGGUGGAGUUGAAAGUAGAGGAAGUCGGACCGAUGGGUAGCGACGUCAUCUACGAGCGGAGCACCUACACCAUGAAGACAGAGGACGGCACUGUGGCUGACGAGGGCAAGUACAUCGUGAUUUGGAAGAAAGUUGAUGGAGAGUGGUUCAUGCACAUCGACAUCUUUAACUCAAAUCUGAAGUCUGUGACAAAAGCAAAGAACCAGAAGUUUAUGGCCCUCUACAAGGCUAACGACAUGAAAGGUCUGGCUAAGCUGUACACGGAGGACUGCAAGCUCAUGCCGCCUGGGAGUGACACCCUACAUGGCCGAGACGGGGCAGAGAAGGCGUUUACUGGCGCCUGGGCCGGCGGCGUGCGGGAUGUGGAGUCAAAAACAGAGGAAGUCGGACCGAUGGGUAGUGACGUCUUCUACGAACGGGGAACCAGUAUAAUGAAGACAGAGGACGGCACUGUGGCUGACGAGGGCAAUUCCUAUUGGAACCAAAGUAAACUCACGCCCCGAGGUUCAGACGUCAAAGGUAAAGAGGUCAAAGCUACACAUCUUGUUCGACAAGUAGUCGUCAGAAGAUUGUUACACGUCGUCGCUGGCACUGCAACGAAUAUACCCAGCAUUAUGGAAGAUGUGGAUCUGAAGACUCUGAAGAAAGAGAUACAAGCAAGGAACCAGAAGUUUACGGCCCUCUACAAGGCUAACGACAUGAAAGGUCUGGCUAAGCUGUACACGGAGAACUGCAAGGUCAUGCCGCCUGGAAGUGACACUGAGUACGGCCGAGACGGGGUAGAGAAGGCGUAUUCUGGUACCUGGGCCGGUGGUGUGCGGGAUGUGGAGUCAAAAACAGAGGAAGUCGGACCGAUGGGUAGUGACGUCUUCUACGAACGGGGCACCGGCACCAUAAAGACAGAGGACGGCACUACUCUGAAGAAAGAAAUAGAAGCAAGGAACCAAACGUUCAUGGCCCUCUACAAGGCGAAGGACAUGAAAGGUCUGGCUACUAAGCUGUAUACGGAGGACUGCAAGGUCAUGGCGCCUGGCAGUGACACUGAGAACAAACGAGACGGGGCAGAGAAGGCGUUUAUUGGCGCCUGGGCCGGCGGCGUGCGGGCGGUGGAGUUAAAAACAGAUGAAGUCGGCCCUAUGGGUAGUGACGUCGUCUACGAACGGGGCACCAGUACAAUGAAGGCAGAAGACGGCACUGUGGCUGACGAGGGCAAGUACAUCGUGAUUUGGAAGAAAGUUGAUGGAGAAUGGUUCAUGCACAUCGACAUCUUUAACUCAAGCCUGCCGAUUCAUCACCAACAGUCACAAAAAAGGAGCUAG